AUUUCGCAACGCGAAGCAGAUUAAAAUUCAUCGAUAUUCGAGCCCUCCCAAAUUUGAAUUCAAAUAAUAACCCCACCCUCUCUCUCAGCCAUACACAAUCCCCAGCAAACCCUAGACCUUUAAUCUUCUAUCCUUUCAUUUUCUUAUACCUAAAAUCCAACCGCCCACCCCCAUGGCUAAGAAGAAGGUCGCCCACCGCGAAGACGAGGAGCCCGUCGAGCCUCACCACACCACCGCCAUGGACGACGCAUCUGAGAAGCUGGAGAGCCUCAAGAAUCUCAACGCCAUGCUUCUCAAGGAGACGGUGGAGAAGCGCCAACUGGUCGACUCACUCCAGAAGGCCAAGGGCUCUCUGCAAUCGGACCUGGCUCGGACUGAAUCCCAGAGAUUGGCCUUGAGCGCCGAUUUGACUCACCUGGGUGAUGUGGCCGCGCGAUUGGAGCUCGAGAGAACGGUGUCCGCCGAUUUUCUCUGGGUUCAGAUGGGCCAUCAGAUGAAAGCUAUGGUGGAGGAGAGGGAUGGCCUGAGGAGGGAGAGAGACGAUGUCGGGGAAAGAGUGAAGGGUUUAGAGAGAGAGAUUGCUCUUGUUGUGAAAGAGAAGAGUGAGAUUCAGAAGGUGCUGAGAGAGGGAGAGAGCGAGUUUGAGUCAUUGAAGCAGAAACUGAAUGACCUCAAUGCUCAAAUCUCUAAAGAGAGGAGCAUUUCAAACAACGCUCAUCGCGAGAGGGAUGAAUUGGCGUCAAAACUGGAUGUUCAAAUCGCGGAAACCAAUGGAUUGAGAAAGAAACUCAUUGAAAUGGAGAAGAGAGAGGGAAAAGUAAACAAUGAGGUGGAGAAGUUAAGGGUUCAAUACAAUGCUCUAUCCAAGGAAAAUGAAGUGAAAGAACAGAAGUUCCACAGUGUGAUGAGUGAUAAGGAAAUGAUUGAAAGGAGUUUGGAUCAUUCCAAUAGGGUGAUUGAAGAAUUGAAUGGAAAGAUUGCUGUUAUUGUGAGGGAGAAAGAGGGUAGUGACAAGGAGAGGAACAUUGAAAUGAAGAAAAGAUCUGAGUUGGAAAAAGUUGUGAAUUUACUCAAUGAGAAGGUGUCGAGUUUGAAUAAGGUGGAGGAGAAGCUGCGAGGAAGUGUGGCUGAGUUGGAGAACAAGUGUGUGGAAGGUAUGGAGAAGGGAAAGGAGAUGGAGAGUAAAAUAAGCGAAUUGGUGGAAGCAAAGAAUGAGAGUGAGAGCAGGAUUGCUAGUUUGGUUGAGGAGAAGGGUUUGAUUGGGAGCAAAUUGGUAGAAGCAAAUGAGAAACUAGAUGAGAAGCAGCAGUGUGUUGAGAGGAUGGCCAUUGAGAAAAUGGAGAUGGAAGAGGCAAACAUUAGAGGAAAGUCUGAAAUUGUUAAAUUACAGAAUCAAAUGUCUGAACUCGAGGAUACCAUUUCUGGGUUGGAGGGUUCUUCCAAGGUUCAAGAAGAGAAAAUUAUGACAUUGGAAGGUGAAGUUGGCAACUACAAACGUGAACUCGAGAGUGCUGUUCUUGAGAGGGACGCUGCACGGAAGGGUUUGGAUGAGGAAAAACAGAAUGGUCUAAUUCUGAAGGAGAAGCUUAGAGAAAUGGAGAAUCACAUUGAAGAAGUUGCAUUGGAGCUUACAAAAACAAAGGCUGAUUACAAUAACAUGGCCGGAGAGAAGAAAGAGCUGGAAAUCCAAUGUGAAUCUUUCAACAAGGAGAUACUUGAUCUCCAGACUGAACUUGCUGAAGGAAGGAAGAGAAUUGGGGCUAUUCAGGCUGAACUAGAACUUGCAAAUGCCAACUCAGAGGAAGUUCUGAACUUGUUGAAGAGCACAGCAGCUUUGGUUGGCUCAAAAGAUGCAGAAUUGAGUGAAGGGCAGGAAAUGAACCCUCCUCAUGUGUUGGAGUUGGAGACAAUCAAGAAAGGUAUCAAAAUUAGAGAGAAGAAAGUUGAGGAGAUGAAACGGGAAGUAGAGUUCUUGAAGAAUUCAGUAACAGAAGCAAACAAAAGAAAGAGCUUAUGGACCAUGAUCUCCUCUGCUACUACCAUUUUCGCUGCAAUAUCUCUAGCAUAUGUUGCCCGUGGCCAUUGAAUCUAAUCUAAUCUAGGGGAUAUAUUUAGUUCAAGGUUCAACUUGUUUGUUACCAUUUUGUCACAACCAAAACCAAUAGCUCCUCACUUUUGAGUUUUGAUGGAUGGAUGGAUCCCUCAAACACAAUAGUUAACUUUCAAGUGUUAUGCAGUUAUGAUGUUUCAGCUUUUGUUAGGUUCCUGCAAUAAGAUAAAUGUUUCUACUUUCUACUAGUUGGUAGAGUAGCUUCUUGAA